AUGGAGCGCAUCACAGCCCGUUCAGAGGGCGAUUUCUACACAGUGCUAUACAGCGGUCUGUGGGUCGCUGCAUUGAGUGCGAUUUGGUUCUUUUGCCGCGCUGAUCCAGAAGCCCCUGUGAAAUAUGUUGUCGAGCCGCCCGAGGAAGCAAAGCCGGGUUGGAAGGGUGAUGUGCUGGAGAAGCCGUCGCUAAAGGUUUCUGGUUCGUCCCUCAUUCAAUGCUAUGCUCCUGCGACGGGACAAGCACUCGGUCGCAUCAACCCCUCCACUGCAGAUGGCAUCGAUCGCGCCAUUGCAAAGGCCAAAGCCGCUCAGGUCACAUGGGCGCAGACGAGCUUUAUUCAGCGCCGCAAGGUGUUGAAGACGAUGCUCAAGUUUAUCCUCAACAACCAAGAGACGAUUGCGAAGAUAGCGUGUCUCGACUCGGGCAAGACCAUGGUCGAUGCCAGUCUUGGGGAGAUUCUGGUUACCGUGGAAAAGUUGAGGUGGACAAUCAAACAUGGCGAAAAGAGCCUAAAGAGUGAGAAGCGGGACACGAGCUUCUUGAUGAUGUAUAAGUCGAACGAGGUCAUGUGGGAGCCGCUUGGUGUUGUUGCCGCUUGUUUCCACAACCUCAUCAGCCCCGUCAUCGCCUCGAUCUUCGCCGGCAACGCCAUCAUCGUCAAAGGCUCCGAAGCCACCGCCUGGUCCUCCUCCUACUUCGCGUCAAUUGCAACCAGCGCCCUCUCAGCAUGCGGCCACUCGCCCGACAUUGUCCAGUCCAUCAUCUGCUGGCCUGACGUCGCCGACCACCUGACCUCCCACCCAUCAAUAUCGCACAUUACCUUCAUCGGCUCCCGCCCCGUCGCCCACCACGUCUGCGCCUCCGCCGCCAAAGCCCUGACACCCGUGUGCGUCGAGCUCGGCGGUAAAGACCCCGCCAUUGUCCUCGACGAUGUUUCCGAGUCCGACCUCAGGCGCAUCGCCAGCAUUCUCAUGCGCGGCGUCUUCCAGUCCGCCGGCCAGAACUGCAUCGGCAUCGAGCGCAUCAUCGCACUCCCCGACGUCUACGACCGCCUCAUCGACCUCUUGACCCCUCGCAUCCGAGCCCUGCGUCCCGGCUUCGCACGAGAAGAUGCCAUCAUCGACGUCGGCGCAUCCAUCUCCGACGCCAGUUUCGACCGCCUGGAAGAACUCGUCGCCGACGCAGUCAGCAAUGGCGCCCGCCUCCUCGCCGGCGGCAAGCGCUAUUCCCACCCGCAGUAUCCCGCAGGACAUUACUUCACGCCCACGCUCCUCGUCGACGUGACCCCCGAUAUGCAGAUUGCGCAGACAGAACUCUUCGCACCCGUCUUCAUGCUCAUGCGCGCGGACAAACUCGACACCGCCAUCGCGACCGCGAAUUCCACAAUCUACGCCCUCGGCGCGUCGGUAUAUGGGUCCAAGACGGCGGACUUGGAGCGCGUGGUGAGAGAGGUGCAUGCGGGCAUGGUGGCGGUGAAUGACUUUGCCGUGUUUUACAUGGUGCAGUUACCGUUUGGCGGGAGAGGGGGCAGCGGGUAUGGGAGGUUUGCGGGCAUGGAGGGGCUCAGGGGUUUGUGUAAUCAAAAGAGUGUUACGCGGGAUCGGUUUGCGUGGGCGGGGAUCAAGACGGCGAUCCCGCCGGCCAUGGACGUGCCGCUGAGUGGGGAGCGGGCGAUGCAAAAGGCGUGGGGCAUGGCAGUGGGGAUUGUGUGGUUGGGAUACGGGGGGUGGAAGGAUUUUGGCAAGGGCAUCAAGGGCGUCAUGGGCUUGUAA